AUGCCGCUGGACGACCUCAUCCCGAUCGGUGGCACGUCCAGAGGCAGUUCUGGCUCCAAGAAGAGCGGAGCGAACGAUCUCACCGGUGGCCUUAUCUCGAUUUCUGGCGCUCGCAACAAUGCAGACGUCGACAUGUCCGACUUUGAUGUUGGCGACCUGCUUGGUGACGACUCAAGUAAGAAAAAGUCAAAAUCGUCUUCGAAGGACAAGAGCGACGACAAAAAGAAGCACAAAUCCAAAGACAAAGACAAGUCGAGAAGCUCCAGUAGCAGCAAGAAGAAGAGCAAGUCCAAGUCGAAGAAAACCACAUUUAACGAUGAUGAUGACUUCGGUGGCGAUACUGACAACUGGACGUCUUUGGCAAAGAACUGGGAUAGCGCUGCUGAACUGGAAAUGGCUGCAGCUGCUGCUGCGAGACGGAAGAACGCUAGCGGGAGCGGACUGGAUGAUGAAUUCGCUAAAAUGCUUGGCGGGGACAUUGGCGGAGACGACGAUAAAGUGGACAAUUUCGACGCAGAUGAAACUUUCGGGAUCUCGGGGUACACCCCAACUGUGCUAAGUGACGGUAUCUCAGCAUCUUUUUUCCAGGAUGAGACAAAAGAUGACUUCAACUCGACCUGGGACUCGUGGAGGCCGAAGACAAGCCGGUGGAGCUGA